UCCGCAGCCAACACAGGUCCAGCUGAAACGUCACGGUGCCUGCCACCCCGCAAAGCGGAUUUAAAUGUCUCUUCUGCCGCGUCUGAACGUCACGCCUGCUUGCGGCAUGACGUCAUCUGUCACGUCAUUUCGGCAGCGACCGGACAUCCCACCGAGGUUUGGUCCCGCCGGCCUCAGCGUCGCCCGGGCUUAAAAGUCGCCUGGGCCGCGGGUUCACGGGGCUUGGCGGUCGUUUCCGCCGCGACGUGAUGUCGGGGCAGAGCCACAUCCGCGGGCAUUCCUGUCCCUGCAGUGGGGACGGACCUCACCGGGGCCGGGGCGCCAGGACAGGAGCCCCUCGCCGGAUGGGACGGCGGCGGUGAAUGCGGUCCAUCCCUGAGCCAGCUUCCUCCUGCAGGUGAUCGCCCACAGUCAGUAUCAGAAGUCCCAGCGAAUCUCCAUCUUCCUGAGCAUGCAAGAUGAAAUCGAGACCGACGAGAUCAUCAAGGACAUCUUCCGCCGCGGCAAGACCUGCUUUGUCCCCCGGUACCGGUUCCAGAGCAACCACAUGGACAUGGUGAGGUUGGCGUCGCCCGAGGAGAUUGCUUCGCUUCCCAAAACAUCCUGGAAUAUUCAUCAGCCCGGCGAGGACGAGGCUCGGGAGGAGGCCUUGUCGACAGGCGGCCUGGACCUCAUCUUCAUGCCGGGGCUCGGGUUCGACAAGCAAGGCAACCGGCUGGGCCGGGGCCGGGGCUACUACGACACCUUCCUGAGGCGCUGUGAGCAGCACCAGCAGGCGAAGCCCUACACCAUGGCCUUGGCGUUCAAGGAGCAGAUUUGUGAUCGGGUCCCCGUGGACGAACAUGACGUGAAGGUAGAUGAAGUCCUCUACGAAGACACCCCCUGAGUCCCUCUGCCGCAGCCCGACGCUCGGGGUGCGGGCCUGAGAGAGGGGCCACAGAAGAUGUGCCUGUCCCGUCAGGGGUCCGUCAAAAUUGCACCCCACUGGGAACACAGGCUGCAUUGUUUUAUUAUAAUUAUAAGAUACAUAACCCAAAAUCACCUUUAAAAAUUAAUAGAGCGGCCCUGGCCGGUUUGCCCUAGUGGAUAGAGCGUCGGCCUGCGAACUGAAGGGUCUCAGGUUCGAUUCCCGGUCAGGGCACACGCCUGGGUUGCGGGCUUGAUCCCCAGUGUGGGGCGUGCAGGAGGCAGCUGAUCCAUGAUUCUCUCUCAUCACUGAUGUUUCUAUCUCUCUCCCUCUCCCUUCCUCUCUGAAAUCAAUAAACAAUAUUUUUAAAAAGUUAA